CACUUUUUUAAGCUCCUGCUGCUGCUGUUUGUAUUGUUAUUAUCGUGACCUCUCUGCUGCUGCUCCUCGGGUUGGAUGGUUGUGGAUCGAAUUUCUCUUGUGCUCGUCCUUCGCAUAUUUCGAAAAUUAAAUCCAAACCACCCCCACCCACCAGCACCACCCCUUCGUUGUUGAGUUUUAUCUCUCUUUUAAUUCGAGGAAGCAUAGAGGCUUAUCCUUUUUUGUGUCUGGUUUACAUCUACAGGACAAACAAAGCAAUCUUUCUUGUUUUUAAAAUUGCAACGAAAGUUUUAAUUCAAUGUUUUUAAUUAAUUGGAGCAAUUGCAUAGUACGUCCGUGAUUAAUUAAUUAACAGUAUCAGCCCAGAGAGGAGAGGAGAAGGCGUGGUCAAGUCACAAAGUUCAGCAGCAGAUUCGCUGCAAAAACAAAGAAGAAAGUUCAUUGAUCUCUCAUUUUCACUUUGACCUGAAAAUACGGUGAAAAUUGUAGUCUCGAAGGUUCCCAAGUCAAGUUUUCUCUCAGUUGGUGGAAGGUUCUCGAGAGGUGCACACACUUUUUUGGAAAACUGCGUCGUCACUCCAAUUUUUUUUCGGAAAUUUUGAAAGACUACAUUUUAGUUGGGUUUCGAGUUCUAUCAAACUGUGGAAGAUAAGUGAUAUAGGGCUAAUAGGGAAAUUUGGUCUAAUUUGUGGGGUAGUUCAUUUUGGGAAGAGAAAAGGAUCGUGAAAAUGUUGCACGAAAUUAUUAUACCUGAAAUUUCUGAUAUAAACGAUCAAAUUAUUCAAGUACCCGCAUCGGAGGUUCCAGAGUCUGAGAUAUCGGUGGAAAUAUCAUCAGAACCGUUGUACUGCUUGUGUCAAGAACCUUGGGAUAUUCACAAUCGGAAGUUUAUGAUCCACUGUGAUCAUUGUUCGGAUUGGUUUCACGGAUUAUGCGUUGGAAUAACUGAUGAGGAAGCCAAGGACAUUGAAAAAUACCAUUGUCCAAAAUGUCACCCAGAAGUUGGACCAUCAGUUUUGGUGGACUACACAACCAAGAAAAUUAACAAGCGUGUCAAGUCAGUCCGUUGUACGCCGGAAUUUAUUGAAAAACUCCAAACCUAUAAAUUUCUAAUUCCGGAUGAGGUGGUUCUCAAAGUUCGAGGACAGGCUUUGACGUUACCAUGGCUUAUUGCUAAAGGUUUCACUCGUCCUGUUUUCGUCGAUUCGGUGGAAGCGUUGGGAAUGAAACUUCCACCAGACAGCUUUACUGUUCGAGAUGUUGAACGUUACGUUGGAUCUGACCGAAUGGUGGACGUGAUCGAUGUCGAACGACAAACUGAUAUCUUAAUGUCCAUGCAGGAAUUUGCGGAUUAUUUUAUGUCACCGAAUCGCAAUAAGCUUUUAAAUUUAAUUAGCCUCGAAUUUACGCAUACAAAUUUGAAUAAGCUGGUGGAGUCUCCAGCAAUAUCUAGGAAAUUGGAUUGGGUCACCAAUUAUUGGCCAUCUAGUCAACCGUCUGCAGACGAAGAAUCUAUAUUACGUCCCACUGUUCAGAAGUAUUGUUUAAUUAGUUCAAAAGAUUCAUACACGGAUUUCCACAUUGAUUUUGGUGGAACGUCAGUUUGGUAUCAUGUUUUGUGGGGUGAAAAAGUUUUUUAUUUUAUUGAACCUUCGGAAGCUAAUCUUAAUAUCUAUAGUCGUUGGAUGGAUGGAGAAAUGGGAGAUAACUGUUUUCUGGCAGAUGAGAUCCCAGUAUGCUUUCGUUGUGUCUUAAAGAAGGGUCAAACACUGUUGAUUCCAACGGGUUGGAUUCAUGCUGUUUAUACUCCAGAAGACUCUCUAGUAUUUGGUGGAAAUUUUCUUCAUUUCCUGAAUAUGGAUCUCCAACUGCAAGUAUACGACAUCGAAAAACGCCUUCAAACCCCAGUGAAGUACUUGUUUCCUUCAUUUGAAGCGACUCAUUGGUAUGCUGCUGAAGGAUUAAUACAAAAUCUACAAACGUUAAACGCUACUUCUUACGUCCCUGGAUAUAUGAUCAAAGGGUUGAAGGCCCUUAUACAGUCGCUUAAAGUUUGGUUUAAUGAAAAGGAGAUUGGAAAAGUGCGUCGUGAAUACAUUCCUGGCCGUGUUAAUUGUAAACGAAUUAUUCACGAUCUUUGCAAGGAAUUGCGUUCUUCCGAGAAACGUUUGUUGUGUUCUUCAUCUAAAGACAACUCGCCGCUUAAAGAGUCAGUCGUAUCCUCUACCGAAUUCCCUGUGAAAGAAAUUUUAAAACGUGAUAGCAACUCAGUUGAAAACGGAUAUACUGUUUCGGGUACUUCUCCGACAACUGGUACUUCAAAAGAUCCUUUAAAGCUUGUAUUGUCCAUAUCCUCCUCUGCUACUGUUGAAGCUACGCAGCCUAAAGCCAAGGCUCCAGGAAGAAUCACAAUGACUUUUAAAAGACAGUCAGUUAGCGGACCCAAUUCUGGGGAAGAUUCUUCCCGAGCAAGUUCGCCAAAGGACAACCACAAACAACCUCGAGUUAAAAUUCGUUUGUCAUUGAGUGAUAGGAAAUCAGAAAGCAUAGACUACGAUUCUACAACUGGUUCAGAUGUUCUGCAUAUUGCAGAGUCUGAUCAUGAUAUUACAAAAUUGGAUUCUGAUGGUAGUUCACAGGAUUUAAUAAUUGAUCUGAAUCGUCACAAGGGACACAGGAAGCACCAUCAUAAGAAAUGCAAGAAGGGCAAGACUGGAAAGUCUCGGAAUGAUCAAAAUAGAUCUAUUGAUGAAGUACUUGCUGGAACACUAGACGGAUUAGAGGAACUGUUUCAGUCUUCGAAUUAUUCUGAGCGAAUUUCCCAAUCAGAGUCUACAUCCCAAGCUAUCAAGGAUACCGUUGCCGGUAUGUCUGCCAUGAAAGAAACCAUUUUACCGUCCAGGAAAAAAUCCAAGCAUAAGAAAAGGAAACAUGGCAAAGUUACUGGAUCUGAUUCAGAUGAUAUGUUUGAGGGAAUUGAAAAAGUCCAUCAAGAUGACGAUUACAUUUACUUACCGUUAGCCGGUUCUGAUGAUGACGCACCCACAAAUCAUGGAAAAUCUAAACGAGGUAAAAGGAAGGUUGAAGACGAGUCGUGGUCACCGCGAGCUAAAGUUGGUCCAGUGGGUCACCGGGAGACAAAGUCAUCAAGAGUCAACGCUAAACGGGAAGCUGUAGAAAAGGGUCUUGAGAAAGCUUCCGCUGCUUUGGAGAGCGCCAAGCGUAAGAAAAAGCAUGAGCCCAUCCCAAUUCUAAAAGUGAAAAAGCAAAAAUUAACUCCUUCUCCGGAAAAACCAAAAUUACCAUCGACCUCCUCAUCCAUGGAUAUUGCUACGAAGACGUCGAUACUGGCCAAGAAAUUUGCUGAUAUUAGCACUCCGAGCCAAGCUUCAACAACAGCAAGGAAACCGAAGAAAGGGAUGGCCACAGUAAAGCAGCGCCUGGGAAAAAUUCUAAAACUUAACAAGCAUUAUCCGGCGUUAUAUGUUUGGUGAACAGCAUUAAUCUCACUUUUUUGUUCUUUCGAUAAUGCAACCUUUUUUCCUAUUAAUUUCUUUUAAAUACUUGUUUUUAUAUACUUUCUGCUUUGAGCUGUUUCAGUUUGAAACUUUGAAAUCAUGUUGUAUCCGUUUUGUUAUUUAGAAUCUAUUUUCAAAUAUUGUCAAAAUUGUUCCUCAUUUCGUAUGUAUGUUGUUGUUGUUUGUUAUACAACUUAGAAGAGUAUCAGUAUUAAAAUUUCUCGUGGUUAGUGGGUAUGGGUAUUUCGGAAACAGGGUGUAGUGUAAUGAAUUUAGGUUUACAAGAACUUCACAAACACGUUUUUACAAUUUAUGUAUAAGAAGUUCUAUAAGGGCAAAAUAUCUAUGGUUGUGACAAUACUUUAGUAUUAUUUUGGCCUUCGAGUAGCAUUUAUCUAAACAUUCUGAAAAUACAUUUGUAGGCUCUGAUUAAUUGUUAAGGUUUGUUCGCCGUAAUUUUGCCUCCAAGUCAAAGUGAUGUCCAGUUAAGUUUGAGUAUGGUGUAAAUCGAAACACAGAACUCGAGAAUGUGAGAUUAUUACAGUUUUAUCAACGAUAUUAUUAAUCUGGUAAAUGUUUAGUAUAAUAUCCCUAAUUUCAUGAAAAUUAGCAACAGCACGAGUCGUUUAACCGUAGGGGGUGAAAAUUAGGGAAUUAGAUAAAAGGGGUUGAUAAUUUCUGAAAGAUACUGUAGUAUUUCCAGUUGCAAUUUAAGAAAAAUAUGUAGGUCGUCACAAAAUUUCAUGUAAUAAGUAAGCAGAUUUUACCCUCCCGAAAUACUGACAAUGGGCGUCUUGAUUCCCUGUUUUUUAUAUUUUUAGUGACAUGGGGUUAAUUCUUCCAAGGAAUUGGAUGUGCUAUAUUAUUAAAUAUACUAUAUUUCAAUUCUAAGGGAUUUUAGACCUUGUACAGGAUUAGGUAAGAUUAAAGGAACGUAGUUUUGGUGCCGAUUUAUUGCAUACAAAAACGUGAGCCAUCUAAAUUGUUUCGAAAUUUUGGGAAAAUGAGUCCUAAAAUGGACCCCCAAAUACCAAAUUGUUCCAUGCUCCAAAGUAGUUUGUGGAGCUGGAAUGACUCAACACCUAUUGUAAACCAAGGACCAAGUCGUACAUAAGUGAAAUUGUACCAUACAAUUCUUUCAUCCAGAUAUGCAAAGGGAAAAGAGUUGAACAGUUUGCUACAUUUUGUCCAAGGACAAAUGAAGAAGUUUCAAAGUCUAUAUGGAAAGAAAAUUAUAGAAAUGCAUGCAAAUGUAAGAACAAUUUUGUUCCAUUCGGCGAUAACAUUAAGAUUCCGCCUAUAAUCUUGCUAAUCCUCGGCAUUGAGAGGGCAACAAUACAGUCAGGCAAUGAAGUACAUUUUCGACCUCUGUUGAUUUCAAUGUAAAAAAAUUGUCACUUUAUAUUGUCUAUGAACUACAUACAUGCAUACGUUUCCUUAUUAUUAACCCAAGUAUUUUUGUAAUUGACAAUCAUUAGAGUCAGUCAACAGUUUAGUCGGGUAUACUAAUUCCAUGUGCAUUUGUCGCACAUGACCUCUAACUAACCCUUUCCUAACAGUUGACAUUAGUUAAUUUCAAAACCACUUCUUGUAAGUAUUUAAUAGUGCUUGCUCUUUAUAGUUUGCUGCUUUAAUUAAGAGUUUUUAUAGAUUUUUAUUCUUCUAUUUACAGUUAGCGUGGUUGCAGAAGUUUAAAGUAUACAUAAAUAUGUCAUAUAUAUACCAUAUACUAUAUAUGUAGCAAGUGGUCGACACAGGAGAGAAUUAGAAAUACUUUAUCGUAUCAACAAUGUAACUUCUGCGGCACGGGAGUUGUAAGAGGCUAUAGUACAAUUAGUUUUAGCAGGAACUCAUCCUCAGUUCAAUGGUUAAUGAUUCUGGCAAUUCUUUCAAAUCGUAUGGUCAUAUAUGAGAACAUUACGUGAAGGUAGAAGUAUUUUAUAUUCUUAAAAUAAGAGAACUACGAAUAUUACUAAUAUUACUGUUAUUAGUACACUAACUUGAAUGUUGUACAGCACUUGUAUACCACCAAACUUGAUACACUCCAUGAUGUCAAGCGUGUUCAUUUAAAUAUUUUGUAACAUUACAGGUAAGUCGAUUUUACUAUGUAUGUUCGGUUAACGAAAUGUAUAUACAUAUUCCUCUUUACUGGCAUGUGGAUACAACAUUUUAUUAUUACUGUCAUUUAAAACAUAUUUAUGAAUUGGUUGUGUUCUUAUUUUUUGUGAUUUGUCAAAAAAUGAUACAAUUGGUUAUGACGGACUUGUUCAAAAUUUUACUAAACUAACAUGUUUAGUUAUACAAUUAUGAUUCAUACAAGUAUGUAGAGAUCAAUAUAAAUUACGCAAUGAGAUAAAAUACUCUGUGUAGAAAGAUGCAGCUGCAUAGUAAUGUAAUUCAUGUAACAGGAAUCAUUUGUCACAAACUGAUUUAAACAAAAUUUGUUUUAAAAUUAUAACACAUGUAAUAAAGAUGAUGAAUUACGAUGAUGAAAUCAGACAAAACAAA